CAGAUUUCAAGGGUGAGCGACCUGGUCACAAAUCUAGGUCGUCGUCAUGGUACCGACCUUUGGUCACGUUAGCGUCAAGCGAAACGCUAUUGGUCGAUGUGUAGGUUACAUGGCCCUGGUAUUUUAGUACGUCCGUUCGCGGGCUAACUGCGAAUUAGGACAUGGCUUCUGUGGGUAGAGGGGAUGUGGGUGAUAUCGACGCACUUCUGAGGGCUGCGGAGAUUUUAGAGAAAAAAAUGUACUCAAAAGAUGGUUAUGGCACGGCUGACACACUUCGAAAUAUUAACGUGGCUCAGUUUCUUGAGUGGUUAAGUACCGGUGACGAAGCUGAUGGCAAUGUCUCUAUGGACUCUAAAAUUUCUCCGACAAUGCAUGUAGAACUCGCGAAUCUCAUACAAAUGUCAGGAUGUCAGAAAAUCAGUGAAUUACAGACAGUAUUCGGAUCAGCCCGCAAAUUAUCUGUAAGUGUAUACCAUCUAAGGUCUAUCAGACGCCUAAAUGUUAUAUACCUAAACAUUUGUUCGUUACAUCCCCGACUGUAACCUAACUUAUCAAUCAGAGGUCACAUUUUUCAAGUUAGACACCCGAUAAAUUGUUUUUAAAUUUAAAAGUAGAACAUAUCGUUUUUUGGACUCCAAGAUGUGAUUUUCCCACAUUCGAGGCUCUUGUGAUCUAUAACCAUAUAAUAAUGGGUCGAAAUUAUUUUGCUCGAUCUAGUUUUGAUUUUGAUUUCAUCGGUUAAUCUGCCGUUAGUCCCUGAACCAGAUAUACUUUGAUGUAUCACGUCGUACAAUCGAACCAACCCAACCCUACCAAAUCAACUCUGAGUUAUUCAGAUGGUGAUCCGGUGUUUACAUAUCAUCCUGAUGUCUGGAAUCAAUGUCCUGCAUCUCAUUUAAGACCAGACUCUGCUUCUUCGAAUUUGCCGCAAAGUCACUGUCGUGUCCUCACAGCUGCUACAGGUGUCACUCAAUUAUCAGAACCAUUUCCAGUAGGAGGAAUUGGAACGACAGAUGAACCAGAUGGAUUGUCCAACACAAGUGAUGAUGUUUGUAUGGAUAGUUCAAGUCAGGACAGCUAUUCUGGUAAUACAGCUCCCGUACGUGCGAAUGCUAAUGUUAUGCACAUUUUGAACACAUCCCUUGGUUCUGAAUUUAAUGGCCAUAUGGAUCCUGGGAAUAAUAAAUCUCAAUAUUCUAAUUGUCGUUUGAGAUCAGCUCUACUAACACCUUAUUCUCCUGGUUCUGAAGUACAUUCCACUAACAGUGUUAGACACUUGAAUCAUUUUUUGAAUAAGGAUAUCUCCACUUCAAACAUACCGCUUCAACAGAGACCAGUUACUGAAAGUAUUCAACCUGAAAUAUUUUCUAAUAGUAAUUCAUCACAACGGCUACUGGAAGUUCUUUCUAGGACGUAUGAAAAUUAUGAUGAUUUAGAUCAACGUAACUCUAAGUUUCGAGCAUCUGAGAGCCCUCAAAGUACUCCAACUGUUCAUCAACAAACUUCCUGGAGUGCACCUCCGUCUGUCUCAUACAGUAGUUGUGCUACUCCGGAUAAAGAAUGUUGCGAUGCAAUAAAUCAAAUUGAAAUUCCUCAACCAGUUCGUCCAACACGUUUCAGUUGUUCAAGUUUACCUGUAAAGAAACGCAAGUUGGAUUGGAAACAAUCAGAUAAUUGGUUGUCUGAUUUACAGUCAUCUGAUAAGCAUUUAUGUAAAUUUAAGAAAACUGCCAACAUUAAUCCUUCAGAUCUUGUUAGUACUACUGGUUUUAUGACGACAUCAAAUCAUGAUAAUCCCACAUACUGUUCAUCAAGUGGGAGUAUCCCAGAAAGACGAAAAUCAGUUAGUGGUAUAUCUGUAUCGGAUAAUACUCAGCAGUCUGUCAUUUCAAAGAUCACCAUUCCUCUGUUGAGAACUUGUUCUGUGCCUGUAAACAGUGAACAACGUAUGAUUCAUUCACCAAAACUUUUAGAUACUUUGACAUUUUCUAAACAUUUAAUUGAAGAGAAAAAAUCGUUAAUAAAAACACCUUAUCAAAAUCAUUUUUCUGUUCUUACUCGUACACUAACCGGUCCGGACAAUAUUAAAAAUCAUAUAAACAGUUCAAAACAGUAUGCCUCUGAGCUAACAACAAUGUCAAAUGGUUCGAAUGUUUCAAAAUUAUCAAAAGAUAGUAUUUUUAACAUGAGUGAUAACAAGAAGAGGAAGUAUGCCACUCUUUCCAGUGUUGAUUUAUGUACUACAACAGGGGGUAGCAACUAUUAUCCCGGUGUUUUUAAUAAUAAUAAUAACUAUAGUAAUAAUAAUAGUGAUGAAGAUUCGUAUAUUUCAAAAGUCAGUCAUUCAACGACAUCUUCCACUAUUCACUACAAUACAAGGAAACUGAUAACAGCGGAUUUAUUAUUUCGUUCACCACAUAAUACUCAUAAACAUCGUUCUCAUGCUCAUAAUAACAAUGAAAAUAGUAAUAAUCAAUUAGCACUGCCUGAUGGCUCUGACAACAUUCAUAACCGUAAUGAAAUAUUUGAUCAUACAAAUGGAGUUCGUCAACAUCAUUGUUUCUCAAAACUACAAACUGCUAGAACUGUAGAAAUGAAUGUAUCCAAUUUCGAUCACAAUAAUAAUAGUAGCAAUAAUAAAUUGAAUGGAUCCACACCAGUGGUAGAACGCAAACACAAUGGUCUUAUACAAACUAUACCGCAUAAUGAACAUAACAAUACUGUAUCACAUCAACUAUCUCAUACACUCAAAGAAGAUACUGUUUAUAAUUUUAAUUCAAUUUGUCAGAAACAAUCUAACAAUUCGGAUAAUAGUAUUGAUAUCACAUCAGGUCAAGACAGGAAUAAUCUUGUCAAUAAUUACCAACAUCUAUCAUCUAUUAUUAGUCAGUCAACAAUGCUUCCUAACCAUGCUGUUACUACUACCUCCACUCCAACAACAGUUACUAAUGUUAUUAGUCAUAAUCUAAAUACUUAUGUUGAUUCAAGCAUCAAAAGUGAUCGUAAGCAUGUUUCUGUGAAUUCCAGUCCUCUAAAAUCAGUUAUGCCAGAGUCUACAAUCAAUAAACCACCAGCGGAACAGUUCAAAUAUUCACAUGAAAAUUUACCUAGUGGUGCAACCACAUUAUCACCAUCAUCAUCAGUAUCAUCAUCGUCUAUGUUAACAAAUCAAAUGAAUGUUAACGGUGCACAUGUUAUUAUGAUGCUUUCCCCGUCUAUCACAAUCCCGACAUCUCUUCAUUCAUCUUUAACCAGUCAGAUUAUUACAUCGUCAUCAUCAUUGUCAAAUGUUCAACAAUCUUCACCCAAUUAUAAUAACAAUAAUAAUUCUAAAAUCAUACCACAUUCAUCUGAUUUUUCUCAAACUUAUACUACCCCCGCCAUCACCACAUCAAACUUUGUAAAUAGUAGUAGUGGCACAUCAUCCUUUCCUUUACUUUUAAUUUCUGCUUCUUCAUCGGCCAGUGCAGUUGCAUUAGCUGAGGCUGCUGCUUUAGCUACAGGAGUACCGUCGACAAGUUUUGUACCUGUUCCUGUACAAGUCACUACCUAUGUCCCUCCACCAUCAUCAACAACAAUCACAACAACACGAUCGAUAAAAAAUGAAGAGCAUAAUGAAAAAUUAAAAAGUCAAUGUAAAAUUUCCAAUUCAUCGAAUAAUGAGAUUAACACCAUUUCAAAUCAACAUUUUAUUCUGUCAGUCAUGGUGACUGAUAAUCAUGUUCAUAAUAAUAAUGAUGAUGAUAACAAUAAUGUUAAUGGUAAUAGUGAUAAUCAGAAAUCAUUAUCAGUUCAAAGAAAAAUCCCAUUUGUCUUAAGUACACCUAGUUUACAUCCGAAUUUCAAUAAUAUUCAAAAUGAUAGAAAAAGUAUUAGUGAUGGUAAACAACACCAUUCCACUCCAGUAUUAAAAGAUAUUUCAUCGACUAACACAUCAGAUGAUCAUGUUUAUGAUAGUAAAUUGACCCAUCAAGCUGUAUAAUGUCGUUGAUGAUGUUAAAAACUGAGGGGGGAUAGGCAGCAUAAAAAUAGAAAGUGUCAAAUAAUUGGUAAAGGAGAUGACAAAUACAAUCUCUAUACUUGUAAACUCACAAUAUGCCUCCAUCCCUACUACCAUUACUACUGCUUUUGUUGUUAUACAUAACAGUAGUAUGCAAAUAAAGGUCUCUUUAUACUUAUCAAUGUAUCCCCUUGAUCUUAUUGACUAUUACUUCAACUAAGUGAGUUGUUCACCCGAAAUAGUUCUCUUUUGAUCAUUACCUAGGCGAUUAUUACUUCUGUUUUUUUUUAGUUUCCCUUCUACAGUUAUUUCCAUUUAUCGUCAAAAUAAUUUCAUUUUUUCUGUUGACAUGUAUGUGUGUUCAUGUUUCAAUGUUCCAACCAUCAACUAUAACAUUUCUUCUAAAUAAAUAAGAUCUACGUUUUUUUUUAAUUAUUAGGUGUCGAAUAAUUACUAAUAGAUUACCAUAUCACAUUAAUUAUCUCAUACAUUUUUCAGUUUUUAUCGUUUUCUUGUUUUUACAAAUUAUUUGUAUAUUUAGGUUUCAUUACGAAUCUAUCAUCAUUAGUGUUAUUAUCAUUUUUGUGUGACCUCUUCACUACGCGCCUAUAAACACAUCCAUCCUACAUUUGCUAUUCUCCCAUCACCACCACUCUUUUUCUGUAUUGUUUCCUACCUUGGACACAUGUACGUAGAUAUAUAUAUAUAUAUAUAUAUAUAUAUAUAUAUGCUAAACUGUUUUUUCUCACUUUGUGUGCACUAUUUUUUGGUAUAUAUGCAGUUGUAGUUUACACAGUAUCAAUAUGCUGCAUGUAAACACAAAAUCCCCUUCUUUGUUGUCUUUUCUCUCUCUUCAUCAUUAGCUAAUAAGAAAAAGUGAAUUGACAUUUUGAACAGUUGAACAAUCCUGCCGUGCUUCAGUCUCCUUCCUUUCUAAUUCGUUUAUUUCUUGUUUCUUAUCUGAUUUCUCAACAUACCAUGUUUUACAAUUCAAUGGAAAGGGAGCUACUUCUAUUGAGAUUUCUAUGGGCAGUGAUGUUAUAUUGUUAUCACUGUCUUUUUCAUGUGUGUUUGGUUUUUGAAUAAUUUCUUACUGGAUCAUUACUACUCUGUGAUGAGCACGGGAACUUUGAGCGAUACAAUUGUUAUACCAAAGCAAAAUAUACUAAACAUAUUAAAGAAACUGUUUCAAGGAAAUGAAAUUGCAUUUCUCCCUCCCUCUACUGUUCAUCGUCAUCAACGCUAGACAUCUAAAAACAAUUUCAUAUCACCCGGUCCACAUAUUAGGCUCCUAUUGUUAUCCAAUCUAUAUCACAGUGUUUGGUUCUUUUAUCUCCGUCCUGUUCCCGCCCCCAUUCUCCAACUCAAAUCACGCAUACUAACCUUGGUGUUGAUUGUAGACACCAACUAAUUGUCAGUGAUAUAUUCUUUGUCUCCUCUGCUAUUGAUCAUUUCAUAAAUGUUUACUUGCCAUUUUGUUAUAUUUUUUUCAAUAAGGGAAUUUAUUCCUAUUUCUACAUUUAUGUGUAACAUCACUCAGUUUUUUUAUUAAAGAAAUACAAAAUAAAACUUUUCAAGUCCAUCAUAUUUACCGCCGCCACUCCUCUUACUCAUCUACUUGUGUUAACACAAAAAGGGAAAAAAUUCUAAUUCUCGAAAAAAUAUACAGGUAGGCAAAAUGGUCUGGAAUACGGCGUUUAGUACGUAUUAUUAUUGUUCACUUUUGCUAACGUUAUUUAUCAUCAUCAGUCUACUUGUUCUUUUACCAAAUACUCUACUCUUCUUGCCUUUUUUAUUCACUAAUUGUUGCGAUUCCGCGGUAGUUUUCCUCAAACUUUAUUUGUUGUCUGUUCUUCAUCUCUUGCUCCCUGUGUGCGUGUGCGUAUGCGUACUUUCGCGCACAUUUGUGUAUGUUUAUCUGUUUGGUGAUAUUCUUUUUACAAUAAAUUGACGAUUAUGGUGGUAUUAACGAUUUCGGAUAAUUCUUCAUUUUCUCUUCUUCAUAUUUUUGUCAAAUGUGUUAAUGCUUUUGUGUGUGUGUAAGUAUGGAUAAAAUAUAAAUCAUCUUUGAAUACAGUAAUAUUAGUGUUAUGGCGUAAUGUAAUCUGACUAAUUAUUUAUACCUUUAGUUCAGUAAAUUUUAAACAGGAAACAAUAGAGGUUGAAAAUUUAAAAACUAUUAAUAGUAAAUAUACUAACUAUCGUCUAUCUGAAAACUGGAUAUUAGCAGAAGAGUGUGGUAUAAAUUGGUAAGGGUGUUUACUCUUAGCAUUGGAGACUAUAGAAGACUGUUGGUUUAGUCCUCAAGGUUUUUUUG